CGCUAUGACUUGAUAUUAAAUUAAUCAACUACAUAAUGUACAUUCCAUAGAAAACUAGAGAUUAACAAUGUUUUCAAAAUUGUUUAUUUAAUUCAUUCAUUUUCAGAUUUCUUUUAUUUCAAUUCUUAUUCUGAUUUAUUCAUUUAUUGUUAUUAUUUUAAAAUGAAAUAUGAAAAAUGUUUUAUUACAGUCGGUACAACCCGUUUUGAUCUACUUUGCCAAAAAGUAAUGUCUACAAAUGUUUUACAAGCUUUGAAGAGAAUUGGAUGUAAAAGAAUUGUGCUUCAAAUAGGUAAAAGUGAUAUAGAGCCUGGUGAUUAUGAACUUGAAGGUAUUAAACUGCACUUGUAUAGAUUUAAAGAUUCCAUAGAAGAUGAUAUUCGUAGCUCUGAUUUUGUUAUCAGCCAUGCAGGAGCUGGGAGUUGCUUGGAGGUUUUAAAUGCAAAAAAGCCUCUCUUAGUUGUUGUAAAUGAAGAUCUUAUGGACAAUCAUCAAUUAGAAUUAGCUGAGCAGCUACAAAUAGAUGGACAUUUAUAUUAUUGUACUUGUGACACAUUGCAGUGUACUGUGGAAGACAUAGACUUCAGUUCACUUGUUCCAUUUCCUGAAGCAAAUCCAGAGCCUUUCUUUAAGGCAUUAGACACUUUAUUUUGUGUUGAAACUUAAAUGCUUAUAGCAUUAUUUAUUUUCUUUAUUACCAACUGAAGCAAUUACAAGAUUUGUUUGCUACUAUAAAAAAUAGUAAAUGAUCUAUUUUUUGGA